CCGUCAGUUCGAUGGGUCGGCAGCCGCCGCUGCCCCCCGCCGCGGCCGCUCUGCUCUGGGGCUUCCUGCUCCCUCUGACAGCUGCUCACGAAGCAAUCCUCCAUGCCUCUGGAAAUGGCACACCUUCACCAGCUAAGGACUACUGCAUGCUAUAUAACCCUCACUGGACAUCUCUUCCAAGUACCCUAGAAAAUGCAACUUCCACUAGUUUGAUGAAUCUGACUACCACACCACUCUGCAACAUUUCUGAUAUUCCUCCUGAUGGAAUAAAGAACAAAGCAGUUGUGGUACCGUGGGGAACCUGCCAUUUUCUGGAAAAAGCCAGAAUUGCACAAACCGGAGGUGCUGAAGCUUUGUUGGUUGCCAAUAACAGUGUCCUAUUUCCUCCCUCAGGGAACAAAUCUGAAUAUCUUGAUGUGAAAAUAUUGAUUGCAUUUAUAAACCACAAAGACUUUAAAGAUAUGAAGCAGACUCUCGGAGAUAACAUCAUUGUGAAAAUGUAUUCUCCGUCGUGGCCUGACUUUGACUAUACUAUGGUGGUUAUUUUUGUAAUUGCUGUGUUCACUGUGGCAUUAGGAGGAUACUGGAGCGGGCUAAUUGAAUUGGAAAACAUGAAAGCAAUGACAAACACUGAAGACAGAGAAAUGAGGAAAAAGAAGGAAGAAUAUUUUACUUUUAGUCCUCUAACAGUUAUAAUAUUUGUGGUCAUCUGCUGUAUUAUGAUGGUCUUACUUUAUUUCUUCUACAAAUGGUUGGUUUAUGUUAUGAUAGCAAUUUUCUGCAUAGCAUCAGCGAUGAGUCUGUACAACUGUCUUGCUGCACUAGUUCGUAAGAUACAAUGGGGACGAUGCACGAUUACCUGUUGUGGCAAGAGCUUUGAAGUGAGACUUUAUUUUCUCUCUGGACUGUGCAUAGCAGUAGCUGUUGUUUGGGCUGUAUUUCGAAAUGAAGAUAGGUGGGCUUGGAUUUUACAGGAUAUCUUGGGGAUUGCUUUCUGUCUGAAUUUAAUUAAAACACUGAAGUUACCCAACUUCAAGUCAUGUGUGAUACUUCUGGGCCUUCUUCUCCUCUAUGAUGUAUUUUUUGUUUUCAUAACACCAUUCAUCACAAAGAAUGGUGAGAGUAUCAUGGUUGAACUUGCAGCUGGACCUUUUGGAAAUAAUGAAAAGAAUGAUGGAAACUUGGUGGAAGCCACUGCUCAACCAUCAGCUCCCCAUGAGAAAUUACCAGUAGUCAUCAGGGUACCAAAACUGGCCUAUUUCUCAGUAAUGAGUGUGUGUCUCAUGCCAGUUUCAAUAUUGGGUUUUGGAGACAUCAUUGUACCAGGCCUGUUGAUUGCAUACUGUAGAAGAUUUGAUGUUGAGAUUGGUUCUUCUAUAUACUAUGUUUCCUCCACAAUUGCCUAUGCCAUUGGCAUGAUUCUUACAUUUGUUGUUCUGGUGCUGAUGAAAAAGGGGCAACCUGCUCUCCUCUAUUUAGUACCUUGCACACUCAUUACUGCCUCACUUGUUGCCUGGAGACGAAAGGAAAUGAAAAAGUUUUGGAAAGGUAGCAGCUAUCAGGUAUGUGCUUAUAUAUUGGUUACCAAGUUAUGACAUUGCCUAACUUUGGUUGGGAACUACUUGUAUAUAUCAAAGCUUUAUAUAUUUAUUCUCAAAGCUUUUACAUGCCUAAAAGUUGGCCUUGAAUUUAUCAGGGUGUCCUAAGUUUUUUUCCAUCACUACCCCCUUACUUGUCACCUGCUGCAUCAUCACUUCUCAUCCUCACUGCAAUCUGAUGCCAAAAUUCUGGUGACUCAAGAUAAAAGUACCAAGAAGCAUGGGAGGGCAUCAGGGAAAAUCAAAACAGCAUUUCAACAUGACUUUUCAGAAUCCACACAAAAGUCGACUUCAUGAAAGAUAAGAGCCAUGUUUAAGCACUAAAUUUUGAUGCUGACACCACUAGCUGUUUGUAGUAAGAGUCCUCAGGUUUUGCAGGUAAAAAGUAUACUCUCUCCAGCAUCUAAAUGGGCCCAACCAAAUGAAAGUGGGCACUCAUUUCAGGUUUAAACGGAUCAAGACUGCCUUUUCUGUAAAAUUCCUACAACAGAGAAUAUCCAGGUAGCAGAAUCUAUGAUGUUUGAGUUGUUUCUCCAUUGAAGUUAAAGCCCUUUGUUCUUUUCCUAAAUGUUAUCAGUAUUCCUCUAAAGUUUGUUUGUUUGCAUUGAAAUUAAAGAGAGUUG